UGCUGCUGACUGAUCUGUGAGGGCGUUUAGGUCUCUGAGCUGCUCAGCACACUCACACACUCAUGCAGAGGGUGGUGUGGGUUGUUCAUGAUGGAUGCCAGCUUUACUAACAUCCUCCUGUCGCCCACCACCUCCACAGACUCCAGAGGACAUCCCAGCACAGAGCUAGACCUCCGCACCAGUUUGUCAAUCCUGCUCCUGUCCGUGGAUCUGCUCCCCCAGCAGGUCACUGCGUAGAGAGAGGCGGGCGCUAGCACAGUGUCAUAGAAGAAAACAGACUGGAUGUAAAAGAUGGCGAUAUCUCCUGCUUCCUGCUCCAGUCACUCACUUCCGUUCUCAGUGUUUUACCUGUUAGACCAGUGGUCAGGAACUCCAGGCCGCAGCCUGGUUUUAGAGGUGUCAGCUGAUUUAAAAGGCUGAAUUAAAAAGUUCUGCAGAGGCAUGGUGAUGAGCUCAUGUGACUCAGGUGUGCUGACCCAGGGUGAUACCUGAAACCUUCCCCGCCUCUGUUUCAGUCUUAUUCCAGAGGUUAUCUGAAUAUUUCAGCAUCACUUCCUGUCCACCUCCGUGAUAUGUCACAGAGCUGGUUUUAGGCUGAAAAAGGUCCCACGUGACCACAAACCGCGCUCAGCAGUAAGGUGUGAAGGAAAGAUGAGUCUGCUGCGGGCGCGCGCAUCACAGUCUCGUGCUUCGUCUUUAAUGAGAACUCGAACCUCCUGGCUGUAAACCGAGCCCUUGUUGCCAUGGACCCAGCGCAGGUGUGCGCUGGCACCUGACGUUUCCCGCGGUCCCCCCUCCUCCCGGAGGUGGAGGCGGGGGCGUUGUGGUGGUGGCCUCCUCCCCCGGCUCCUCCUCCUCCAUCAUGCCGGGCAGACAGAAGCAGCUCCUCUUCUCCGUGUGCGGGCUCCUCGGCCUCUCCUGUGCGCUCACGGCCGCGGUGGCCACCGGCCUGCCACUCUGGCUCCGCGGGGCCGUGCUGUGCCGCACCGGGGCCGAGCUCGUCAACGCCACCGGGGCCGAGCUGGACAAGUUCGUGGGCGAGCUGAGCUACGGGCUGUUCCACGGACAGCGCGUGAAGCAGUGCGGGCUGGGGGGCCGCGCGGCGCGCUUCUCCUUCUUUCCUGACCUCCUGAGUGCCAUCCCCACGGGCCUCCACGUCACCGUCAUCUUCUUCUGUGGUGUUGUGACACUCUUCUCCUCCGUGGCCACCGGCUUCUUCUUCUUCAACGCCUUCGGCAGACCCUACGAGACGCUGCAAGGCCCCGUGGGACUUUACCUGUGGACCUUCAUCACCUGUGUCGGCAGCUGCCUCGUCAUGGUCCUGUUUGUGUCGGAGGUAAAGCUCAGUCGUCUGUCCGAGCGGAUCGCCAACUUCAAUGAGGGGAAUUUCAUCUUCCAGACGUACACCGAGCGCUACGACCGAUGCUUCUGGCUCUUCUUCCUCAUCUUCCUCCUUCAGGGACUGAACGCCCUGCUGGUCCGACUGGCGGGAAUCCAGUUUCCCUUUCAACAAAACAAAGAGGUGGAGCUGAGCAGCGGGGCGGCCGACCUCAUGUACUGAGAGGAGAGGAGCACGGCUCAGCAGGAAAAUGGCCUGAACGCCAGACUUCAUCAGCCGCCACUUCCUGUCGCCGCAGCUCUGUCGGACGGCUUUCCUUCACAGUCUGUUCCACACUGAAGAAGCCGAACCCUCGCUCUUCACCAGCGUGAGGGCGUUUCCCUCAGUAACAGCGACGAUCGUGACUCUGACGCUGAAACUACGAACAGUUCAUAGAUUUGAAAUGUUACUCUGUGGUAGAUGACGCCGUCGAGCUCCUCUGUGUCUUCGUUUCUUUGCAGAUCUGUGAUGUUUAGGUCCUCGCUGGCUCACUCGUCCUUUAGCUUCUUGUGUUUCACCGAUCACGAUGACGACGCAUCCGGCGCCGAGCCCGUCCUGAUCCGAGCUCUUUGGUUCUGAGGACAGGCGAUGCCUCGGCUCUGCCGUGUUGCUGUGUGGGAAAGCAAACGUGAUCGCUGAACGCAGAGGAAGGUUUUGGACAGUGAAUCAUUGACAAAGUGUGUUUCUGUGCAAACCAUCACGAGCUAAAUGUGCCUGUUAGGAAAAUAAAACUGUAUCUGAGCGUCUGCUUCUGGGUUUGACUGAUUGUUUGGUGGCUUCACGUCUGGAUUUCUUCUGUUCCUGCAGCUCUCUGUGACUGAUCUCUGACCAGCUGCUGGUCCGUUGCUCCUCUGAGAUCUUUCUGAGGGCUUUACAUGACGAGGACAGAGGUCACCAGCAGAGAGCAGAGCCUGGAGGUCAGAGGUUACACUCCCUGUGGAGGUCCUCGCCUUUGACGGGUUUGAUGAGGAGACAAACGUAGGACUUCAUUUUUUUACAAUAUAAAAGACCAGAGUUUAUUUUUUUUCUGUGACAUGACCUGUAACUGUGGCUGAUCAGAUGUUUACUGGUCCAAAUACAGAAAGCCAUCAGUUGCCAUGGUGAUGUUCUCAUUUUUGCACAUCAUCAUGAAAGCAGAAAUAUCCCGAAACCCUCGGCAGCGUUCACACAGCGUGCUGAAUCCUGAGCAGCUUCAGCCGCACGUGGCAGAAAACCCACGACAGCGGUGAGCGAGGUGCUUCAGGAAGCCUGUGAUCGGGUCGGCAUUAGCGGUGAGAGCCUUUGGACUGAAACCUCAUGGCGUGUGUUGGCUUUAACGGGGCCAUGAAGCUGGUGGUGCUGCAGGGCGCUGUGAUGAGGCCCGCCCCCUGCAGUGACACCGAGCCCGCCCUCCGUGUUUGGACGUGCUGACAGAGCAGACUGGACUGUCUGUUGUCCUCUUGUUUCCACUGUGUGUUUAAUGGUGGCAUCCUCUUUAGCAGCCAGCCAAUUAAAGGCCAGGAUUUCAUCCAGCUGAUGGCAGACGGCAGCUCAGCUGGAGAAAACUGGAUCUGCUGUUUUUAGAAGGACUUUAAACUUUAACCAUGUUCAGCCUGAAGUCCAGGCAGGACACGGGGUGUGAUUACUGCUGGCCGAAGAGCUGCAGCUUAAUGAGUACGUGCGACUGCGAAACCCGUGAGUGCGCCUCUGGUGGCCUGAACGCUGCAGACGCGUCAGGGAGUCAAACACGGAGACGUCAUCAGCUGGAAAGCCUGAAACACCCCAGGGAGUGAGAGCAACACCGAUGAGCUCUGUGCCGUUUGUGAAUGAACAGGGAGUGAUGCACGCAAUGCCCGAGGGGAUACUGUCACAGUUAAUUGGCUGACCCUGGGGAUGGCAGUCAGACGUGGGAGGUAAAAAGAGCCCGCUCAGACACUCCGGCCUCGGACACACAGCUUCCCGUCACUCAGACCACUGCAGGUAACACGCUUCCUCACAGCGGGAUCGCCGAGCUCCGAUUCACAGGUAAUACUCCCGAUUUUCCUCUGACAGCAGAGCUCCGAAGAUUCAGGAUCACGCUGAUAUAUGUACAAUGACAUGUAGGUGCACUUUGGUGUGUGCUGGAGCAGGUCAAGGUGACGAUGAUGAUGAUGGUCUUGUUGCUGAAGUUAGACGGUGCUGCUGGUAGCAGAUGUUACUCUCAUGAGAAGAAGCAAGAGGCUUCCUGUGACUGACGGUGCAGCUGCCGUUACUGUCGCAGGGUCACUGAGGGUCCUGCAGAUCAGGACGUGGUGACGUGUAAAUAAAACAAAUAGAAAUCUGUGAAAACCCUUGGGCCGUAAUUCAAACACACGUCCCGUAAAAAACAAUCGUCUCGUAUUCAGAGAAAAUAUUACGCGUUUCGUGUUGAGCUUGAAAAGGAGCAGUUUUUCCCGAACUUCAGCUACAAUGGAAAAGACACGAAGCUGGAUUUAUGGAUAAAAAGUGUUUGUUUUGUUUCAAAAUAGCUGAGAACUAUUCGCUGACAGCUGCCAACA